AUGAGGUUCCUAGAUGUCAUGGACGUGCCGGCCUACUUGCGGAGCUCAGACCCGCAGGGCGCGGCCCCGGGGGGCCGACGGCUGCAGAUGAAUGACAGAGACGAUGGCAAUGACGACGAAUCCGGCUUUGAUCCGCCCGACAUUGAUAAUGACGAAGAUAAUUUCCGUUUUGGUGGCAGCAGUCAGGGUAGCGGUUUCGGCGGGAGCACGGGCGUCCAGCCCCAGCAGGAGCCGUCCGGCUUUGGGACAACGCCCUACUCGGCACCGCCACCGCCGAGGUACCCUCCUCAGUACCCACCCCAGUACACACCUCCUGUCUCAAACCCUGCUCCCACCACCCAGCAGCCCUACACCCCUCCGCCGCAGCGCACGGCGGCACAAGCGGAAGACGAGGACGAAGACGACGAGGCCCUAGGAGGUCGGCCGCAGGUGGAAGAACUCGAGGACAACGACGAGCCCGACGAGCCAGCCGCGUCGUCGUUGGCCGCGAGGGCGGCCCCUCAGCCACCCGCGGCCGUGCCCACGCCUCCAGCCGUGCCUAUCCUUCCAAAGGGCGCGGCGUCUCAGACGGCAAACACGGGUUUCUACGCCAGGGCCCCCGCCAGCGAUUCGGUCACAGGGAUUGAAGAACAGGCCCAGGGGGGGGCUGUCCGGCGCCCGCCCGAGCAGCCGAAGUCAAAGAAACGCGGCAAGCAGGUGGCCAAGGCCGGCGACGAGGAGGAAGACGACGGGGCUCCUGCAGCCCCCAGGAAAGGCCAGGCCUCCGUCACCGCAAUGACGUCCCUGACGGGGGUCGGCAGCCCCGCGCCCAAGCCGCCUGCCGUGGGCAUGGCGGCACCGCCGGGAGCCAAGCAGAUGGGCGAAAGUCCCAAGGCCAAGGCGGACAAGUCGCCUGCCAAGCCCAAGGCGCCGACCACUCCUUCGCCACGGCGCGGCAAGAAGGAAGACGACGAUGACGAACAGCCAGAGGCGCCUGCGAAAGUCGCCAAGUCGUCCGCCUCGCCGGCAAAGCGCCCUUCCCUUCCUCCCCCUCCCACCCGCACCCCGGCUCCCCCCGUCUUCACCGAGAGCGUCGCGCAGGACGACGAAGCAGACGACGUGCCCGACGAACCCGACGAACCCGUCUCCUCCCAGCGCGCCGCCGGCCGUCCCAGCGCCGCCUCCUUCGGCACCUCUCCUCCGGAGGACCAGGAGGAGGCGAGCCUGUUCGCCGCGAGCGACGACCCGGACGGGAGGCUGACGGCCAACGGCGAGGGCGGGGCGCAGGGACCCUCCGUGGCCGGCAGCCGGACAGAAAACGCGGAGGUGCAGCCGUUCUCGGCGGACGGGGAGAGCCUGGGGGCGCCGUCGUCGCCUGGCCUGGUGCCACCCAGCUUCGGGGCGGUCAUAGCAGACGAGGACACGGGCCUGGGGUCGGGAUUCACAGGCAAGGCCGACGACGGGCUAGUGGGGGAGGACGAGAAUGAUGGGCCGGACACGGACGAGGCCAAGGAACUGACGGUCGUGGUGGACGGCUUGGAGCACUUCUCCAGGUUGCUGCAGCUCAACUCUUCAGGCUCAAAGGAAGGCCGUAAGCUCGUGGUAGAUCUCUCCAAGAGCUUGGAAGAUAUGCGAUACAGGCUGGACGCCACUUACACCAAGUCAUCAUUUUCUCUGUGGUCCAAAAUGGACGUUUGGUGGUGGAAGUGCCAGUACGGUCUCCAGGACAUAGAGUUUGCUGACAGCUGUUGUCGGAAGACAGCCGUUUGCUGUCGUUAUGCAUGCAACUGUCAAUGCCGCGUUUGCUCCAACGGGUGUCGGUGCGCGCAGGGGGCGGCACCCGAGCCGUCCGGCGUCACGGGAACGGCCUGCAGCCUGGCGGAGGUCGCCGACGAGGUCCGGGCCGAGCUGUCCGACCAAGACAUGCCCGACGAGCUUCUGCGACUGAACGCGCCCAAGGCGAAAUUCGAAGAACUCGCGGAAGGCUGCGGGGACGACGAACUUCCCGAACAGACCGGCGAGGAGUCCUUCGGCCACCUGAUCAAGAUCGUCGUCAGCGCCGUGAACGAAAGCGUGCGGGAGGUGUACCCCAUGCAGCUCAACGGCACCUUUGCCGCCGAGCACAACCAGAGCUGGGUGGAGAUCGUCGCCCAGAGGAGCUCCCGGUGGAACGAGAUUCGGGCCAAGGUGAGCAACGUCAGCCUGGUGGGGUACUACGUGGACGUGUCCCUGAGGGGGAUGCUCAGGACUCUACCGUUCGUCGCGGUCCCGGGGUUCCGGUAUCCAGCCGGGCCCCCGCCUCCGGUAUCCUCGGAGGAAAUGGAGCCGGGACUUGAGGCCCUUGGGUCGCUGCUGGAUGACCUGACGGGCGUCACGGUGGCGAUCCACGAGGGCAACUACACGCUCAAGUCGCUGCAGACCACGAAGGACAAACGGGGGCUGGAUGACUGGCAGCGUGGGCCCGUGCGGCCCGAGGACGUGAAGGACGCCGUGGACAGGGCGGUGCUGAAGGCGCGCGCGCACCCGGCGUUGAUCGGCAACCCGCAGCAGCUGGUGGUGGACGGCGUGGUGGGUGUGGUACUGCACUCUAUCGGCAUCAUGGAGGCAAAGGUGUUCAACAGGACGAGCAGCGUCGCCGACCUGCCGCCGCCGCCACAGGGCGGCAGCAUCCUCAACCUGCUGUCCAGCAUCGAAACGCUGAUGGAGGGUUGGGUGGGCUACGAGCUGGCGCGUGGUCGAAUCCACGAAUCCAACGUCUUCGGCAGCGAGUCGGCCAUGAAGGCCAGCCUCGACCUGGCGGGCUGCCUCGCCCUGGGGGGGACCGGCGACGACGAGUGCUCGUCCAUCGAGCUGCCCUUCAGCGGGGAGCGGUGCGGGAUGCGGGAGCCGGAUGCGGCGGCCAGUCCCGUUCCUGGGUCCCUUAAGGCCCCGGAGCGGCUGUGCAUGCCUCCAAAGGCCCACCAGCUGUCGACUGUAAAAGAGCACCUGAGGGAGGUGCCGGAGGACAACAGGGACGGACUGGCGGAUGGCGUCUCUGAACUGUUCGAGGCGGCGGCGGUCUGCGCGUCGCGCAGCGAGGCGCAGUGCGGCGGUGACGACAUGUGUAACGCAACGAUAUUCGCUCCGGGGGCCGGCAGGCUCAGGGUUUGUCAGCUGGGCGACAGCUUCGCCAACCGGAUCAUAGACGAGAAAAACGUUCUGGGGCUGGUGGGCAGGAAUAAGUCGUGCGUGGAGUACCUAGGCAGGCCAAAGUGCACGCUCAUGUCGAAGGGCAGCAGCUGUGCCGCGACGGAGAAGUGCAUCUGGCAGCCCGCGGGAGUGAGAAUAAAGGGCCAGGGGCACAGGAGCGCGAACGUUACGUCUGGGGAGGAGGGCAAGGGGAAUGGGAGCAAGGGCGCGGGCAGGUUGUCGAGCCAGCUGGUGGGGACCGGCGGCACCGAGGAGGACGGGAAUGGCAGCGUCGACGGGCCCGGGUACUGCGUGGACGACUGGCUGGUGCAGAUGGAGGGCGUCGUGGGGCAAGAGGGGCCGCCGGCGCUGAUGGUGAAGCACACCGAGUGCAAGGCCCAGCACGACUCGGAGAACUGCCGCGUGGUGGACGCCUCGCGCGUGGACCUCAGCGUCUCGGGCACCGCCACCAUCCCAGACGGCGGAUCCUCCGACGCCUCCAAGGUCAUCGCGCUGGGAGUCUCCGUGGGCGGCACGCUGCUGUUCGCGGCCGUGCUGGCCGUUGCCUGGAAGGUCGUCCGCAGACACAGGGCGGGAACGGAUGCCCUUAAGCCCAAAAAGGGCAGCGGGGGAUGCGGGAAGAAGGGCGCAACUCGCCGGCUAAGGCUGCCUGGAUUGCCAAGGUUCUUGCGAUUCUCAAUGCGGGCGGAGCCUAAGUGCAAGGCCAGCGCGAAGGGGGGCAAGGGGGGGAAGGGCGGCAAGGGGGACACCAAGGUGCCGAUGGAGAACAUCCGCGAUUGGCGCCAGCCCGCGGUGAUGCCGUUCGUCACGACUUCGAUCAUGAUUCAAGAAGCAUCCGAGGCGCCGGCACCCGAGGCCAAGGCCAAGGAUAUGAACGACUUCGGCUUCGUGUUGAGCUCGAUCCACCCGUCGGAGGACUCCCGGCGCAGCGAGGCGCCGGCGUCAUCGCGCGACGGAAGGGGCCGGAGCCUGGGGCCCAUCACGUCGGAGAUCGAGGUGGCGCGCCAGGCGGGGAGGGCGGAGGGCGGCGACUCGGAGUGCGAGUCCCCGUGGAGCGGUUCGUCGGCCUGGUCGGACGACGAGCCCGAGGUGCCCGCCGUGCGGGAGGACUGGAACCCGCUGCCGGAGAGCCUGUACCGACACAGGGGAUGA